AUACAUGGUUUGGCCAGGGCUCUCUUGGAGCCACCUCUCACCCUGCCUCCCCAGCUCUCCCAGCUGGAUGUUCCUACAAAUGAGCAACACAAGCCCAUAACACUAGCGAGAAAGGAACUUGCCAAGGACAGUGUUCGGAGAAGGUUCUUGGGAGGCUGUCAGAAAUGAGCUUUUCACUGAACUUCACGCUGCCAGGGAACACGACUUCCUCUCCUGUUACAGGUGGGAAAGAAGUGGACUGUGGGCCCUCUCUCGGGUUAGCGGCAGGCAUCCCAUCCAUCGUGGCCACAGCCCUGCUGGUGGCUCUGCUGUUUACUUGGAUCCACCGAAGAAGAAGUAGCCUUGAGUCCAUGGAGGUGAUGACCAGCUUCUUUGGGUCUGGAUGUUUGGCCAAAAGUAGAAGUCUCAGCUGUAUUUUUAAAAAAUCUAUUUGUUUUUUCAAGAAUCCUAGGAGAUCACCAACACAUGAGAAGAAUACAAUGGGAGCACAAGAAGCCCACAUAUAUGUGAAGACUGUAGCAGGAAGAGAGGAGCCCAUGCAUGACACUUACCGUCCUACGGUAGAAAUGGAGAGAAGGAGGGGAUUGUGGUGGCUUGUCCCCAGACUGAGCCUAGAAUAAUGUGGCUCAGUCCAGGAGAAGACCUGGAGCUGGGACAGGCUGAAAACCCAGGAAUUUGUACUUGGAGAGGAGAGAUGCCACCUUGCUUCUUAACCAAUCCAAGUUUCCUUUACAGAUCUGGAACACUUAUGGAUUGAUUUGUCUCUUUAGGGGACAGCUCCAAUAAGCUUGAUUCCAACUUUCAGAUUUU